AUCAACUCAGUCUUCCAACACCAAGAGUUCCCCAGUUUGGACAAACAGAGUCACAAUGCUUUUCUUCGCGCUUCUCGCACCUCUUCUCGGGCUCGCAGCUGCCGCUCCUGUCGCAGAUGCUGCAGAGGGAAGCAUCAAUGAGCUCCUUAAGCGUGGUGAUGGCUCAGGUGUCCACCUUGUGAACUGCGAUGGCUUUGGAGGCGAGGGUACCAUUGUGCCCCCCAGUUCCCACGUUGUGUUCUGCGAGAAUGACAGCAACUGCAACUUCUCGCCCUCCGGUGACAACAUCUGCACGAUGGGAGUGAACUUCUGGUUCACAUGGGAGGGACAAGCUCAGGCCUGCACAUUCUCUUCUGGUGCUCGAUUUUCUUGGUUUGUCAACAGCGACGCGCAGUCGCAGCCAAACUUUGUGCACGUUGGCGAUGGUGGCAACCAGUUCCGUGCCUACGCUGGUUUCAAGGACGACAAGCACACGAUGUUCUUCCGUGGAAGUGGCCAGUGCCAUUCUAUCUACUACUUUGUUUAAUGGCUAGUGGAAUGGCUUUGACGGAUAAGCAUGGGUUCUUAACCUUGGGUUACCAUCUCACAACUGCCAACAGUCAGCACUUUGGACGAGUGUUGGUAUACUUGAUUAUGACUCAUUUUGUUUCAUAACCUUUUACUUGAUAAGGUUUCCCUCAGCCCUACUGAAUUGGGUACUCAGGUAGCAUUGGGUAACCCACUCUGUUACGGAGUAUUCGUGCAAGGGUUACCCGUCAGCCCUACUAAAUUAGGUACAUAUGUAGCAUUGUAUAUAAAUUAUAAAAGUAAUU